AUGUUUCGACCAUGGGAAAUAUCAAAUAGUGCAUCUGUAAUUGAUGAAAAUAGUGUUCAGCGUAGAAAAAGACAUUUAAGUUCAGACGCUCAAGACAUAGUUUUGAGUGUUUACAAUAAGCUUUUGAAACGCAUGGGUGAUAAGGGAGUGAUUAAAGAGACAUCGGAAUUAACAAACGUGCCUAUAAGAACUGUUUGUAGAAUAGUGUCAGCAGGAUCUAAUCAUCUUCCUCGUAAACGGACCAAGAUAAGUUUUAAAAGAAUUGAUAAUUUUACAGAGGAACAUGUGAGGAGGACUAUUUACAAUUUUUACCUCAACAAUGAGAUUCCAACGUUACGUGAGAUUUAUCAAUCAUUGAUGAGAAGUGAAGCUGGUUUUGAAUAUUCAGAAACUACACUCUGA